AUGACUCGUUGCUGUGCGACUGGACAGCGUGCGACGAUCCAGAGAGCGUCACGCUGCCAGACGUCAGCACUGCGUGUGGUGAAUCGCGGGAAAACCAAGAUGCGCGUGAAGGUGGACCAGAAGAACGUCUGGAUCGAGCUGAUUGACGUGUGCUUUGAUAUUCAAAUUUGUCCAAUCAAGAUCGAGAAUUAUGUCGCCUUCAACAUGGGACGGAACAACGAGGCUGAGUACCUCACGUACACAAUCGUGACGUUACAAGAAAGUGCGACCGCACCAGAUGACAUCGCCACGAUGAAAAUCUAA